UGAAAUUGUCUUUUCCGAGACCAAGGUUCUCUGCAAACCUCCCGGCUACCAUCAAAGAGACCCGGACCGUGUGAGAGACGCCGCGAGUUCUGUGCACCCUGCACUUGUGCCGCUGGAGCCACGCUGCGAGCUGCGUGCUGAGGAGCGCCUCUCUGCACGAAGCCUCCUGGAGCCUCUCCCGGAGCAGUCACCAUGGAGGCUCAUGGGCUGCGCAGUACCUCACGCACCCUCGUGGCGCUGCUCGUGACGAGCUACGCGUUCCUCACGUCUGGGCCCACGGAGGAGAAGAAUUUCUCCCCGAACUGGCUGGUUAACCUGGGGGGAGCCUGGGAGGUCCAACCGCCACAGGCCGGGCAGCCUCUACCUCUCGCCAAAGCGACCGUGGCUGUCCACAUCAGCGACCGGCUCGCAGAUCACGAAGCCAAGAGGGAGCCUCGAGUCGCUUCCUCUCCCAGCCAUGGCGUGGAGGUUCCCCAAGGAGGAGGAGGAGAAGACGACGACCCAGCUCCCUUAGGGUGGAAGACCUUCAUGGAGAUGCUGCACAGCAGGCCGGUGGCCAUCGCCUACGAGGUGGCGAGUGCAGGGAUCGCCCUCCUCAGCCUCGGAGUGUGGCUGAAGAAUGCAGUGUGGCGUCCGCGACCUCCUGCCAUGCCAGCAAUGGCCGUCCACACCACCAACCUCCCGAAACAAAAGGCUCGGUCGAACUUGGCCGAGAUGGUACCUCAAGCAGCUUCUUCUUUAGGCUUUUGGAUGACGGUUCCGCAAGAUAGAGAAUACCCGUCUCCCUCAAGGUGGACGACCUUGAUGAAGAUGCUGCACAGUGGGCCGGUGGCCAUCACUUACCACGUGGAGAGCACGGGGAUCACCAUUACCAGCCUAAGAGUCUGGCGGAAGAAUCAAUUGAAGUCAUCGCAACGUGGACGAAUUUACCGAAGCCGCCACAUGAGAGGAUCCAUGUGGAAAUUGGCUCGGGGCAAGCGCCACCCCAUGAAAAUCAAGAGGACCCACAGAUCCCUCAAGACUCGGCUGGAUGGCUGCUCCAUGAUGAAUAGCUCACCAACACUUAACAGCGCACCCACCAACAGCACCACUCCUACCAACACCAGCACUCCUACCAACAGCACCACUCCUACCAACACCACCAUGACAAACCCCACCCCGACCAACAUUGCUAUCUCGACUAACACCAUCACACUUUCAAAUACCACCACCUCUACCAAUGCUAUCCUGACUAACACCACCACCUCUUCCAACCCUACAAACCCUACCAACAACAUCUUCUCCACCUUCACCACCACCAGGGCCGACACCAUUACCCCAGCUGAGCGUGAGUGGUGUCACCUCAUGAUCAUGGCCCGCACCAAUGCCCGCUGCACUACAAUAAGCUCAAUUAUCCCUACCAGCUCAACCACCAACUCCCCCGCUCCUACCAACUCCACCACCUAGACCAAUCCCACGCCUACCAACAUUACCUCCUCUACCCUCACUACCACUCCCAGCCACAUCACCCCAGCUGAGUAUGUGUCCAGCCUCAUGAUCAUGAGGGAAAAGAGAUCACUCUUCAUGGCCCGGAUCAAUGCCUGCUCCACCACUCCUACCAACUCCACCACCUUUAGAAUCCGCACACCUACCAACACUACCACCCCUCCCAACACCGCUACCCUGACCAAACGCAACUACUCCGACGAACACCACCACUCCUACCAAAACCAACCCUACCAACGCCAACCCUAUCAACACCAACCCUACCAACACCAUUAUUCUUACUACUACCCCUACCAACACCAACCCUACCAGCACCAAUCCUACCAACACAAUGACUCCUACCAAUACGACCACCCCAACCGACACCAUCACUCUUCCCAACAACAGUCCUAUCAACGUUACCUAUCCUACAAACGCCAACUCUAUAAACACCUUGACCCCUACCAACACCACCACCCCAAAUAAGAAAUAAUACAAAAUAAAUAACAUUACAACAUCGCUGCACCCUUUGCAUGUUAGCGUGCUGCGCUACGAAGCCGGCGACCGGAGUUAAAUUUCCGCUCAUGGCCAACACCAGUGAUCGACUCAGUCUCAAAUUAGUGCCUGGUACUCAUUUAGCUGAGGCUACCUCGCAUGCCAGUCUGUUAAAUCUUUACGGGGGAUCUUUGUCUUUGACAUAUCUGUGGGCUAGAGUGUAGCUUGAUUUAUUGUUCAUGUGAGGGAUGCGCUUUGCCUGCAGCCGCCACUACAUCUCCGCUCGUGUGUUUAGCCGUGUCAGUGACGCGCCACGAUGUCGCUACUGCUGCUGUCACUGUCACGACCCGGUCGGUGCAGGGUGCUCUGGGACGAAAUAAAAAAGUGGCACGAGGAUUAUCGCUGCUACUUCAGCAGAUCAAGAACGGUUCUCAUGGAGUCAUCAAAAUGCACCUGAAAUCACAGCUGACCAUCUCAAUCACAUCUGUGAAAUGUCAACGGUGGUGUCCGUUGCCCCUGCUGUGAGUGGUGGAGAUGUCCUUGAGCAGUGGUGAUGUCCCUGAGUGGCGGUGGAGAUGUCCCUGAAUAUUGGUGGAGUCUGUACAACGCGGCUGCUGUAUUCGUGAUUAAAGAACCUGAGCCGAGCGUGCUUGGUGGAGCUCAGCAGAAGGUGAUGAGCCGGAGGUGUGAACUGAAAGUUCGAGCUCAAGGCGUGAGCUCAAGGUGUGAGCUCGAGGUAUAAGCUGGUGAUGCGGUCUGGAGGUGAGCACGCGGUGUCCCUGUGCUCACAAGCGUGGUGCGGGAGGUGGCCCGAACUAAACUUUUUAUUUACCAGGUAAGGCCCACUGGUCCAAUAGCU